GGCUCCAGCGGCUCCAGGGGCUCGGGCGGCCCCGGCUCCGGCGGGGAUGGGCGGGCAGCCGCCCUGGGGGCGCGGGGGGCGCACGACCUGACCGCCUGGACUCGAAGCCCGGCCGCUUGGCAGCGCCGGGUCGAGGGUCUGCUCGGUGGGCGCGGACGCGGGGCCGGCGGCCGAGCCGGAGCCAGAGCAUGCGGGGCGCGGCGCGGGCGGCCGGGGGGCGCACGGGGCAGCUGUGGCCGAGGCCCCCCGCCCCGGGCCCUGGGCCGCCGCCGCUGCUGCUGCUGCUGGCCGUGUUGCUGGGCGGCGCGGGCGCGCAGUACUCGAGCGACUUGUGCAGCUGGAAGGGGAGCGGACUGACGCACGAGGCCCACAGGAAGGAGGUAGAGCAGGUGUACCUGCGCUGCUCCGCGGGCACUGUCGAGUGGAUGUACCCGACCGGAGCGCUCAUCGUGAACCUGCGGCCCAACACCUUCUUGCCCUCCCGGCACCUGACUCUGUGCAUCAAGCCCCUCAGGGGCUCGUCGGGGGCCAAUAUUUAUUUGGAAAAGACUGGAGAACUGAAACUGCUGGUGCGGGAUGGGGACCUCGGGCCCGGCCAGGCCCCGUGCUUCAGCUUCGAGCAGGGCGGCCUGUUCGUGGAGGCGACGCCCCAGCAGGACAUCAGCAGGAGGACCACGGGCUUCCAGUACGAACUGACCAGCCGGCAUGCGGGGCCAGACCUGCACACCCUGUCAGCCCCGUGCCGCCCUUGCAGCCACACUGAGGUGCUCUUGGCUGUCUGUACCAGUGACUUUGAAAAGCAUCUCUGCCCAAGACAGUUCGUCCGAGGCUCCAUCCAGGAUGUCACCCAUGAGCCGGCGCAGCAAGAAUCAGCCAUCCACCUGAACGUGAGCCGGCUCUACCGGCAGAAGAGCAGGGUCUUCCAGCCGGCCCCAGAGGGCGAGGGUGGCGGCUGGCGGGGGCGCGUCUCCACGCUGCUGGAGUGCGGCGUCCGGCCUGGGCGCGGUGAGUUUCUCUUCACCGGCCACAUGCACUUUGGGGAGGCCUGGCUCGGCUGCGCCCCGCGCUUCAAGGAUUUCCAAAGGAUGUACAGGGACGCUGAGGAGAGGGGGCUGAACCCCUGCGAGAUAGGCACAGAGUGACUUCUGGGUGACCGCUGCCGCAGCGAUGGAUAUGCACACUGGGGUGGGUGCCUGGCGCUCCAGCUGGGGAGGUACACGCUGGUUCUGGCCAAGGACUCCCUGAUGGAUUGACUGGAGAUGCUGUAACAUGCCAACUAAGUUAUUAUAUUUUUUUUAAAAAAGAAAUGUUCAUAGGAAGCAAACUCCUGUGUCGUAAAAUGCCUUCGUGUGCCGUUUCGUACUGUUUUCUGAGCAUCUGCAGUCACUGCAUUUGGCUGGUGUGUUGGGCGAAGUGUGAGGGCCGUGGCCCACAGCCGAUACCCGACACCAGGCUUGGGUACCACUCAAAGUUGUUUCUUAUGAUGGAAAUUUAUGGGGCCAAAUACCUAUGGUUUUUUCAUUUUGUUUUUGCUUUUUAAAGAAUGAACUUUGCCAGCCAUGGUCAUUUUGGGGCUGCAGGCUGUUUCCAUUCCAGGGAAUAAAGACCAGCCUCUGAUGGA